GUGGAAAAGGGUGAGGGCAAGACACCGUUCCCAAAGUGUACGUUUUGUUCGGAAAUGAUAACAGCUUCAAUUGAUACAACUUCGCACCCUAAUUUCACACUAAAUUCUCCCUUUGCUCUCAUCAACAAUACACACAGAGUGAGGACUCUGCAUGUUAUUUGCAACUAGGAUGGCACCCUCCAGUUGUAUGACUAGUGCCAAAGUUAAAUCUCUUGAUUACAUCGGUUCAGGUGUUUCUAAAGUUGGUAUUGCUGCAUUCCUUUACAAAACCAUGUUUGGCCAGAAGCAAUGCUCUCCAUGCUUCUCCAGUUUUGCUCAACCUUGUUUAACUGUCAAUUUCAAGAGGAUGACUUGGUCAGUUAGGAGCAGCAUAAAUGACAGCAGUUUUAGUCCUUCCACUUCAAAUGGCACUAAUGGAAGGACACGCAUAAUUAGAGUGAUUCAAGAGUUUCAGACCAAGUUAGGUUCUAAAAUUCAGGAGGUAAAGAAAAAUCUUCCAAUGAAGCUGCUUUUCUUCUUGGUUGGAUUUUAUUGUGCAACGGCCUUUGCCACUGUUAUUGGACAAACUGGUGACUGGGAUAUUCUAUCUGCUGCCUUGGCUGUGGCUGUUGUGGAAGGCAUUGGGGCUCUCAUGUACAAUGCUUCUAUUCCUUUACUUAGCAAGAACAGGAGCCUUAUUUCCGUGUUUAAUUAUUGGAAGGCUGGCCUUACACUGGGACUUUUCUUAGAUUCCUUCAAAUAUUGAUUUGAUUUCAUUAUUGGAUGCAGCAAUCCCUACCGUAUGAAUUGAAAUUUCCGAGUGUUCUUUUGAUGCUUGGCAUUUUUUCUGCAAUUGACUCAUUGUCAUUGUGGCAAUCGGUCACCACCGAAGUUACUCUUCACUGGAGAUAAGUUGGAGCUAGUUAAACAUCAAAGCUUAAAAUCCCUGAAAAUCAGGAGGUGGAUGAUCAUACAUAGAUCAACUUGGCCAUGGUUUUGACUAGGGCAUUUUAAAGCACAUUGAAACAUUCAACAACUUCAAAUUUUAGAAUAAACCCCAACAUGUCAUGUCACUGCUUCAGUCCCAUAUUCCUAAGUUUCAUUCGUGUAUCCGUCUUGGCAUCAGAUCCUUGCUAGUAGUGGGAUUGCUGGAAUUCACUUUGCAGGGGCAUUCAGAGUUAAGACAAAUUGGAACAUUAUGUGGAAUUGUGAACCUUUUUGCAAUAAAUACGGCACUGUUCUAUCACAUGAGAGAUGUGACUCUUACAUACCGAGGAAGCUCAGAUUGCUACUGACUGGUUAUAUCAAAAUCAAGUUUGGUACAAAUAAUGCAAAUUGUCACAAAUAGAUUUAGAAAUGUGUUUGUGGACCAUCAUUUUUACUAGAACAAUGAAAUAAUUGUACAAUGCACUAUGUGCAUGUCUUCCAGACUCCAUCAAGAACUGCAAUAAUGCCAUUUGUUGAAUCAUUGAGUUACUAGAGGGUCUUUGAAAAGCUAU